AUGGGCCGCAAGCCCAAUCCUAUAAUUCUCGAGUUUUUCGAGCGCGGCGCCAAAUUGAACGACAAUAGCAAUCGAUAUCAUCAUACCUGCAAAGCUUGUGGCGAGGAUUUCCCUAAAGGUCGCAUUGACAGCCUUACGAACCACCUAACGAAGAAAUGUCCUGCGAUCCCUGAAGCCGACAGAGCUCACGCGUGUCUUACCCUACACGGCAUCAGCAAUGGCUCAAAUAGACCAAGAUUCGAAGGUCUUUUGCACACCGGUCCUAACCAUGGCCCCUUUCCCGGCCAUCUUCACGGCUCUUCUUCUAUGACCUCGCUCGAGCAAUCCCAGAAUCAGAUCUGGACACCCCUAGAAACCCUUGCUGAAGUCUCUCGUCAGAUUGAGGCUAAUGAGAAGCACGACGAUCAUGUCCCGACUACGCAAGACCUUACAGCCGAAGCUGUUCAAACAACAUUAGCUGCUGCCGUCGUACCUAUCACAGCUACCGCCAAUUCUUUCGAGGUCCAUGAGCAGUUCACUUUGGAGAACCCGCCGACCGGUCUAGACAACCAUUCACAUGAAGAUAUUAAGGAUAUCGAUGUACCGCAGAAGCCCCUCACCGCAGAGGACAGGCUGAGGCAAGCAUUCGAAGAAAGAGCGCACGAAUUAGAAGAAAGUGCUAUAUCGCCUACUCAUUCCGCCUUGUCAGUAGCCGUAGCAGCAACAGCUCGUCUCAACCCAUCUCUGUUAGACCCACAGCUAUUGACCGACGAAGACGUUCCCGAAACGCCCACCCACACCCAGUCUACGGAGAUGCUAAUUGACUACCCUCCUUCGCCUGAGAGACAGCACGCACCGCCGAACACUAAUGAAUCUGUCACUCCUUGGGACGGCAUGACAUAUAUGCCUGAGGAUAUUCACGCUCCUGCAACAGUCAAUGAUCAUGGUCAGCACUUGACAGCAACUCUAAAUAGGGGUGGCUUUCGUAUGGAUACAAGCAAUACUCUCAAUGGAGCUCGUCACCGCCAUAGCCGGGCACGAUUCGACUCUGGUCGCCGUAAGGAGGUGCAGGAGGUUCGUCGCAUUGGAGCAUGCAUUCGCUGUCGCAUUUUACGCAAGACGUGCUCGAAAGGUACACCGUGCAAUGCCUGUAAGAAAGUUCUUGCACCUCGAAUUUGGCGCACUGGAUGUGUACGGACGAAAUUGUCUGAGCAUAUCAACCUGUACUCGGCUGGAGUACAGGUUGUUAUGACUCAACGACGAAUUAAUGGUUACAAGGCCAGUCACAAUUUCCAGAGUGCCGCCAUCGCACUUGAAGUCUCGCACUUCCCAGAAACCGGACACAAGAUUGUCUUCCAAGUUUUACAAGGAACUCCCAAGGAGAAGGACAACGGGCUUCCCUGUGACGGUAAUCCUAGACCGGUCAUCUUGCUUGACAACAACGAGGAUAUUCCGGGAAAGGUUGAAGCCUAUAUGCGCGAAACUCUUGACGAGUUCAUCCGCCGUGAGCCGUCUCAUUAUGUACGAGUCACUUUGCAUGCGGCCAUCAUGGUCGUAAACGAUACCAAUGACGAACUGCUCAAGAGGUCUCUGGAACUAUGGGGAAUUGUUGAGAUGAUGGACCGAGAGCGCCAAUGGACAAUGUUGGCAAAGUCUUCUAAAGAGGACGUCAAGGACUAUUUGAUCAAGGAUGAUUCCGACUGCGAAGCUUAUACCAAUAUUUGUAUGCAGCUCACUGCUGCAGCUGAGCGAAAAGCGUGUGCCGCUAGCCAAGUCCUACUGAAUGAUAUUCAGAAGCAUCUGCAGGACGGUAAGGCCAGGCUUGGCUUUCCCAUGUUCCUGACUGUCAUGCUCUUCCUCAACUGCAUGGAGAAGACUACCUGGGCGUUUAAAGCGUGGAAUGAGGAGAACCUUCUCCCCAAGUGGCCAUUGGCGAAAAAACCUGACACAUACACGAACCAGGGACAUGAGUUGACUGAGCUGCUUAGAAUGCUGCUAGUUAUCCGACAUAUCCUUCCGAAGACCAUGGCCAUGAGCCCUGACUCGCCUCUUGUGGCCAACGAGAGCGACCCAACGGUCCAGAACUAUUUCCACAACCUCAAUGUCACCACUGCUUACUUGGAGGCGCGUCGUGAUCAGAACAACUUCCAACCGACAGAUUCACGAUCUCUCGAGUUCUUAUUCUGUGCGCCUCUCUUGCUCAACAACUAA